AUGAGAAUUAUACAUGGAGCUGGUUAUACAGAUUCAGAUAAACAGGCUUUCAUUGCUUUAAUUUAUCAGAAUAUUUUUCUAGCAAUGCACACGAUGUUUGACGCUCUAAGUCUACUUUCAGUUGAAUUAAAAAUUUCUGGAAAUCAGAAUAACAUGCAACUUAUACAAGAAGUCGAUCCUGAAAGUGCAGUUACACUGUCAGCUGAACAAAUAGAAGCAAUUCAUCAAUUAUGGGCUGAUCCUGGAAUGAAGGAAUGUUAUGAACGCAGAAGAGAAUUUCAGUUAACCGACUCAUCCAAAUACUAUUUAGAUAAUUUCGACAGGAUAGCGGAUCCAGAGUAUUUACCUAGUCUACAGGACAUUUUACGGGUUCGUGUACCAACAACAGGCAUAAUUGAGUAUCCUUUUAAUUUGGAAUCAACUGUAUUCAGAAUUGUAGAUGUAGGCGGUCAAAGAUCAGAAAGAAGAAAAUGGAUUCAUUCUUUUGAAAAUGUUACUUCGAUAAUAUUUUUGGUGGCACUGAAUGAAUACGAUCAAGUUCUUGUAGAAAAUCAAAAUGAAAAUAGAAUGGAAGAAAGUCUUUUACUUUUUCGUACUAUUAUUAACUACCCAUGUUUUCAAACUUCAUCAAUCAUAUUAUUUUUAAAUAAAAAAGAUAUUUUAGAAGAAAAGGUACAAUAUUCUAAUCUGGUUGAUUAUUUUCCAAAGUUUACAGGCCCUGUAAAAGAUGCGAUAGCUGCACGUAAUUUUAUUUUGAAAAUGUAUCAAGAAUUAAAUCCAGACAAAGAAAGAGCGGUUUAUUCACAUUUUACUUGUGCUACAGAUACAGAAAAUAUACGUGUUGUUUUCAUCGCUGUUAAAGAUACUAUACUACAAGCGAACCUCAAAGAAUAUAAUCUAGUUUAA